CUAUUUUUCGAAUAUCGCCACGGUAAAGAUUAAUAAUAAUAUUUUAGUCUGUUGAAUUAAUUCGGUCUACCCAGCUGCUGUGUACACAAUAUAUUAUUUAUUAUUUUAGUCGCGAUGUUACAAUAAUGAUAUAAUUUUUUUUUGGUUUUCCAACGCGGUACAAGGGUAAGCCGGCCGCUCGGAUGUCGUCCAUUGUGGCAGCGCCGUCCCGUUAGAAAUACACGGCCGCCCGACGGCCAUUUCGCGGUGGACGCCGACCGCGGACGUACCUGUGGAUCUUUUGCCGCGGGCUCGCCUACUGAUAACGGCGACGCUGAUAACAAAAACGGUCGGCCGGCUAAGAAGUUCGCCCGACCGUCACGAUGUGUCUGAGAAGUAUAAGACUUGUUUGACGGCUGUACGUUGGAAACAAUGGUCCGGCACGACUUCUUGAGAUUGGUCGGCUCGUGUUACCCGCACAAACGCCGGUUCAGUUUCUACACCGUCGACCGGGUGCGGAAAAAGCAGACUUCCACCGAGUAUUGCAUGGAUUUAGUCAGAAAACAUGAUUUCGAAAACUAUCUAUGCACGUUGUUGCUACCCAAGAAGAUUCGAAGAACCGGCGUUGCUGUCCGAGCGUUCAAUAUCGAGGUGGCCACCAUUCAAGAUCAAGUUACUGAUACAAAAAUUGGACAGAUGCGAUGCAAAUUUUGGGAAAAUUCUCUAGCUCAAAUCUAUGAAGAUAAAGUUCCUAAACAUCCCGUUUUAAUAGAACUUUAUGUGGCGGCAAAAAGUCAUAAGUUAAGUAAAAUGUAUCUAAAACGGUUGAUCACGGCGAGAGAAAGCUUCAUGUUGAGCUCUUCGAUGAAAUCGAUCGAACACUUGGAAACUUAUGCGGAAAACGUCGUGUCACCUAUCAAUUACUUGUUCUUAGAAGCGAUGGAUAUUAAAAACGUCAACGCAGACCACGCAGUCAGUCAUUUGGGAAAGUGUCAAGGGAUCGUCAACAUUAUCAGAAGUUUACCGUACGCUAAUAAAAUUGGACGCAUAUCGAUGCCACAAGACAUUCUGUUGAAGUACAACGUUUCCCACGAAAAUAUAAUACGACAGUCCAACGAACAAAACGUGCGUGACGCUAUUUUCGAAGUGGCUUCGAGAGCCAAUAGUCAUUUAACCAAGGCUUGUGCGAUCGAAAAGGACUUGGACAAAAACGUGAAAUCUAUAUUUUUACCCGCCGUCGCGCUUGGAUCGUAUCUUGAAAAACUUAGGAAAUCCGAUUUCAACGUGUUUGAUAGCAAGUUGCAACAGCGUAACAGCUUGUUGCCGAUAAAACUUUUGUGGAGAAAAUUAAUAAGAUGAUGUUGUUUUCAUGAACACAACACCAGCAAUAAUAACGAUUAACUCAUUGAACACGACGACAAACAAUGUACAGUGUUGGCCCGAUGUGGACGUAUGGACAAAACGGUUUUUGGACGCCAAAGUUCUCAAACAAAACUCAACGAUGGUGUUCGGCAGGCCUAGACGAGUGCGGCCACCUUUCAAUGAGUUUCGCAUUGUCAGAAGGUGUUACGGACCGUCCAUGACCGUACCGCCAGUGUAUAGAGCCGAACAAAUGUUUCCCAGCAACGAAGGCAUACCGUUCCACACUGAACAGUAGUACGACUUAAACGAGGAAAAAAUAAUUCAGCUCCAGUCUUGUAAACCAUAUGCGAGUUUAGUUUUUACUAAUUAAAUAUUAAGUUUCAUAAAUUUAACUAAAAACGGUUUAAAGAAAAAAACAAUACUGUUAUAACGAUAAUACAUUGUUCGUUAUAUUAGAUUUAAAGAAAUUUCAAGUUGUCAUUAAAAAUGUAUAAUUUAAUUUUUUUUUUUUUAAUUAUUUAUUUUAGAAACCUAAUAUAAUUGUACCGAAAUCUUUAAGUUGAUAUUUUCAACGAAAAAUGUGCAUUUUUUCUUAAAUUCAAUUUCUUAGGCAAUUAACGAUUUUUUCUUAGAACUUCCUCUCACAUAGGUUAGGUUAGAUUUAAAAAAAUUCAAUGUAGUUAUAACAACAAACGUAAAUAAUUCUGUAUACAAUUUUAGAGUUUAUCUGCUCAAUAAAAUACGAUAAAUAUAUCAUUAAUGGCUAAUUGCACCGGCUAUCUUAAAUUUUAAGUAGA